AUGGAGGAAAAUGACAGUUCUGAAGAAGACUGCCUAACCUCCUAUGGCAUUCAGCUUAGUAUUCAAGAUGCCAUUGAAGCCAGCAAGCCAGAAACUGCACUUUAUUCUGGAAGGUUUGUACCUACCAGUGACCAAAACAGAAAACUUGUAGAAGCCAUAAAACAAGGACAAAUCCUUGAACUACAGGGCUGUACGCAAUAUAAAUAUGCUCUGGAUGAAGCUGAUGACAGAGGAUGGUUCCCGUUGCAUGAAGCAGCCGUACAGCCCAUUCAGCAGAUCCUUGAAAUAGUUCUGGAUGCCUCUUACAAAUCCCUCUGGGAAUUCAAGACCUGCGAUGGAGAAACGCCUCUCACUUUGGCAAUCAACUCUGGUCUGGUGGGAAACGUAACGACCUUGCUGGAAAAGGGAGUUUGGCCCAACACCAAAAACGGCAAAGGAGAAACCCCUCUUCUGAUUGCUGUCCGAAGGGGUUCUUAUGAUAUGGUGUCCACUCUGAUUAAGCAUAACAGCAGUCUCCACCAGCCAUGUGUCAAGCGAUGGUCUGUGAUGCAUGAAGCGGCCAAGCAAGGCCACAGAGACAUAGUUGCUCUGCUUCUGAAAAGUGGGGGUGAUGUCCACUUGCGGGAUGGAUUUGGGGUCACACCCCUGGGAGUUGCUGCAGAGUUUGGUCACAGUGAUGUGCUAGAACAUCUCAUCCAUAAAGGUGGUGAUGUUUUUGCUUUGGCAGAUGAUGGAGCAUCAGUAUUGUUUGAGGCAGCAGGAGGUGGCAAUCCAGACUGUAUUUCUCUUUUGUUGGAAUACGGAGGGAGUGGCAAUGUCCCCAACAAGGCUGGCCAUCUCCCUAUCCAUCGAGCCGCCUACGAGGGACAUUACCUGGCCUUGAAAUAUCUCAUUCCUGUCACAUCCCAAAACGCAAUCCAGAAAAGUGGAUUGAGUCCAGUUCAUUCAGCAGCAGAAGGCCAGAACGUGCAGUGCCUGGAACUGCUUAUUGAAAAUGGCUUCAAUGUCGAUUCCCUCCUGGCUGACCACGUUGCGGAGAACUAUGAUGACGGGAGGAAGACUGCCCUGUUUUUUGCUGUCUCCAACAAUGACAUCCUCUGCACUGAGACUCUCCUGAAAGCUGGGGCAGAUCCAAACCAAGACCCCCUCAACUGCCUCCUAGUGGCUGUGAGAGCCGGACACUAUGAAAUUGUCCGUCUUCUGCUGUCUCACGGAGCCAAUGUCAAUUGUUAUUUCAUGCUCGUGAAUGACACCCGCUUCCCAAGUGCCAUUCAGUAUGCGUUGGCUGAUGAGGUGAUGCUAAGACUUUUGUUAAAUAAUGGCUAUCAGGUGGAGAUGUGCUUUGACUGCAUGCAUGGGGACAUCUUUGGAAAUUCGUUUGUCUGGUCUUCAAUAGAAGAGGAGAUCCUUCCAGGAUGGACAUCUAGUGUAAUAAAAGAUAAUCCGUUCUGUGAGUUUAUUACAGUCCCCUGGAUGAAGCAUCUUGUGGGACACGUCAUUCGAAUUUUGAUAGAUUACACAGAUUAUGUACCAUUGUGUACUAAACUGAAGACAGCGCUGGAGGUUCAGAAAGAAUGGCCGGAUAUCCGACAAAUUCUAGAGAACCCCUGUUCGUUAAAGCAUUUGUGUCGGCUGAAAAUACGGAGACUUGUGGGAGUAAAGAGGCUGUGGAGACCAGAAUCAAUUGAGAUGCUUCCUGUACCACCCCUCAUCAAAGGCUAUAUCUUAUUUAAGGAAUAUGAUCUAUAUGGGCAAGGGCUGAAGCUGUCAUAAUUUGA